AUGUCCGCGUCGCCCACCCAACCCGCAAACUCGGCCAAGCGCCCCCUCGAGGAGACGUCUUCUCCCUCGCGCAGCAACGAUCAGCCCGAUGCGAAGCGACCUGCCCUGGACAAGAUACUGAAGAACGAUGAGGAGGUCGAAAUGGCCCAGCACUUCGAUGGUCUCGAGGGCAGUGUCGACACACCCGGCGCAAACGGCGCCGAGAAGAUGAAUGGCGAGAAGGAAAAGUCCGAGCAGGCCGAUUCCGAGACGACCGAGACGAAGCCCAUCCAGAGCUCCGUUGCUGGCGCUGUUCCCGCGACUCCCUCUGCCUCUGCGAGUCACGAUGAGAGAGACUGGAUCCACAUCCGCGCCGUUAUUUCCAGCCCGGAGGCUGCGACGAUCAUCGGAAAGGGUGGAGAGAACGUUUCCAACAUUCGCAAGAUGUCUGGCGCAAAGUGCACCGUGAGCGACUAUCAGAAGGGAGCCGUCGAGCGCAUUUUGACUGUGAGUGGCGUUGUUGAUGCUGCCGCCAAGGCUUUCGGUCUCAUCAUUCGGACGCUCAACAACGAGCCCUUGGCAGAGCCGUCAAGCGCUCAGUCCAAGACGUAUCCUCUUCGGCUUCUUAUCCCGCACAUCUUGAUCGGUUCCAUCAUCGGAAAGGGUGGCGCGCGCAUUCGCGAGAUUCAGGAAGCUUCAGGAGCCAGGCUGAAUGCCUCUGAUUCCUGCUUGCCUCUCUCCACCGAGCGGUCGCUAGUAGUCAUGGGUGUUGCUGAUGCUGUCCACAUCGCGACCUACUACGUCGGCAGUACUCUUCUCGAGCAGUUGAACGACCGCUUCGGUGGCCCGGCGGCCUCCGCUUACGCGACACGAAGCGGCGGUCCUGCCGGCGUUGUUCCCGGUGGAAUGCAGGUCGUUCCUUAUUGCCCGCAGCCGACGACCGGCAACUACGGCAACCGUGAAAACUACAACCGCAGGCACGAUGCUCGCGCCCAGCACCAUCUUCCUGCCGCCCCCUACGCGCAACCCUACCCUCACCACGCCGCUCAGCCGAACCCGGCGAUGCCCAUUCACUACGGCGGUGCGGCACAAGCUGGCGGGUACGGCGCCGCUGCUCCCAUGCAGCCUCACGCCGGCGCUGCCGUCCCUCAGCCGCACGGCGCUCACCCGGCUCAGCCUAUGCACGCAGGAGCAGCCAUGCCCGGCGCUCCCUUGACUCAACAGAUCUACAUUCCCAACGACAUGGUGGGCGCCAUCAUCGGAAAGGGUGGACAAAAGAUCAACGAAAUACGCCAGAUCAGCGGCAGUGUCAUCAAGAUCAACGAGCCUCAAGACAACAGCAAUGAGCGUCUGGUCACCAUCACGGGAACAGAGGAGUGCAAUCGCAUGGCGCUGUACAUGUUAUACUCUCGUCUGGGUAUGUCGCCGGCAACGAAACAAUGA